AUGGGAAAGUUGAUCAUUCUUCUUGGAGACCUAAACUGCGAUAUGCUUAAGCCCACACCUGGAUCAGCGUCUUUGAUCAAGACGACAAAAGAACUCAACCUUAACCAGUUAAUAAAAUCACCAACAAGAAUUACUGAAUCCAGUCAGACCCUCGUCGACGUUAUUUUCGUAUCCUCGCCAAGACUAGUAGUCAACAGCGGCGUCAUAGAAACCUGUAUCAGCGAUCAUUUCCCUGUGUAUGUAUCACUAAAACUUAAAACCGACAAAUCUCCACCAAACUAUAUCACUACCCGCAGCUACAAUAAAUACGACCCUGAUUUGUUCGCGAUCGAUCUGGCAUCCAACCGUGAUCGUCUUGUUUCCAUUUUCAGAAUGGACAAUGUUGAUGAAAAACUAACCAUUUUUAAUGAAAUAUUUUUAAAUACAUUGGAUAAACACGCCCCAGUAAAGACCAUAAAAGUACGCGGAAAAUCUUGCCCAUUUAUCACCACGGAAAUAAAAGCAUCCAUGAUCAAAAGAGACCAGCUCCACAGUCUUUUCAGGAAAACACGUGAUCAUUAUGAUUGGCUUAAUUUCAGAGAGGCCCGCAAUUUUACAAAAACCGCACUUGUUAAUGCACAGAAAGAAUAUGUACUGAAGGAAGUUCAGCAACACAGAAACAAUACUGGGUCACUUUGGAAGGUAAUUAAAGAAAAUAUAGCGUAUAGGGAAAGAGAGUCAGUGGUCUACAGUAAGGAACCGAAAUUAGUGGCCGAAGAGUUUAAUCAUUUCUUUUCCACCAUCGGUGUGAAUGCAGCAAAGAAAGCCUCAACACUAAUACAGGAUCCUAGUGUUUAUCCAGCUCGGAAUCUUUCUGACGUAAAUCGCACAGAUAACAGCUACCCUGAAGAAAAUGAUAGAUUUAGUUUCACCCCAGUCUCUUGUUCAGAAAUAAGGAACAUCAUAUUAGCUAUGCCGUCAAACAAAUCACCCGGCAAAGACAAAGUGAGUAUGCGUGUCAUCAAACACAGCCUACCGGUAAUUCUUGGGCCCCUCACCGAUAUCAUUAACUGUUCACUGUCGUCUUCUUCGUUCCCUAUAGCAUGGAAAGAGGCAGAAGUUAUCCCUUUGUUAAAGGAUGGAAACCACGAGGAAGCAUCAAAUAACCGCCCACUUUCUCUCCUUACCUUUCUUUCGAAAAUUUGUGAAAAAGUCGCCUUGAAUCAAUUUGGUUCGUAUCUAAUGAAGAACAAAAAAUUGUCAACCCACCAGAGCGGGAACAAGAAACAUCACUCAUGCGAAACAUUGAAUCUUUUGACCGGAGAUACUAUCCUAAAGGCCAUGGAUGGGAAAUUGGUUACUGCACUGAUUCUAAUAGAUCUAUCUAAAGCUUUCGACAGUGUAAAUCAUACUUUUCUCCUUACAAAACUUAGCAACGUCGGGGCUUCUCCAAGCGUUGUAAAAUGGUUUGAGAGUUACUUGACCGGAAGAACUCAAUCAGUCAGAAUUGGAUCAACUGUGUCUACUCCUCUCCCUGUUUCUUAUGGUGUACCACAGGGUGCAAUUUUAUCACCUUUACUUUUUAGUAUUUAUACUAACGAUUUGCCCUCAUCAGUCCACCAUAGUAAACUUGAAUCGUACGUGGACGACUCCAAGAUAUUACUAUCUUUCACUGUAGCUAACGUGGACUGUUUAAAGCAACAACUUGAGGAAGACUUGUAUUUGAUUGCAAACAGUUGUUCCGAAAAUGAAUUGCUUAUUAACCCGGGAAAGACCAAAUACAUGCUGAUUGGCACACGGCAAAACCUACAACAACUUCCCGUAGAUAUGACCAUAAACUUCCUCAACGAGACAAUUACCCCGUCUCCUUUGCCAAAGAUCUAG